UAUAAGAACGCGUCUCACUAGAUGAGUUGCACUUUUGCCUCCUACCACAACUAUCGCAAGUCUGGGAACUUGUUUGCCACAUUGUUCCUCUAGUUUUAUAUCUCUUAUAACUUCAGCGCGAGUCGCUUGUCUUAAUAUCUACAACUCUUCUCCACGCUCCUUUUAAUACCACUCCUUCAAUAUGCCGGUCAUGCGUUCUCUCCUUGUCUUCCUGCCCGCCGCCGCCAUGACGUUGAUGAUUAGCACACCCUUCGCGGUACAGCAUGCCCUGGCCAAACCAAUCUCAAUGCCGUCUUCACCAAAGGCCUUUGACGGGUUCGCGAACAUCGCUGCCAGAACGGACAAGUUAUCCACGCCUAAGCAUCUAGCUUCUCAUACUACAGCCAUACAAGCUAAGUCACCGAAGGCGCCAUCGCGGAUAACGGCAGGGCAUACAGAACGUAAAGCCGCCAGGAGUGUUCCACACGUGCUGCGUGAACCGUCUGCUGCUAGUGCUCAUGGAAGCUCGAACGCGUCGAGCGGCAAGCUUGCUCGUCUACGAAGAUAUCACCGUCAGGCUUUGCAGCACGCCGCAAAUUACCACAACCUGGCCUCAAAUGCAACGUCUGCGUCCGCUUCCGACCCCGCAUUCCAACAGCAGGCCUCAACAGAGCUCUCUGGAUUCAAUACGAACUUUGUGGGCUUCACUUCUGUUCUAGCAGAACUUGGCGGUGACAACGGCGUCGCAAACCUGGAUCCCACCAACAAUCUAGAAACCUUGCUAGAGAGCAUUAUCAACGCCAACAAAGACAUCCUCACGGUCACUUACAACCUUGUUGUCUCAUUGCCUAUUGUCGGCCCGAUCUUGGGUCCCAUCGUAUACGAUCUCAAAUGUACUCUGGACGACCUCCUGGACAUCGUCGAGAAUCUGACCGAUGCUAUCAUCAAUGCGAUACAACCCCUCCUUCAGGCUGUUCUCGGCAAGGCUGUUACCGCGACAUGCGCGUCUGGCGUCCAGGUUGUAGGUCUUUGCAUAUAACAUCGGGUUAGACUCGAUUUCUUCUAUAACUACAGACUAUAUAUCUAUAGAACACACGCGUUGACACUUCUAUUAGAGCACGCGUACAGAUUUGUUUUGUACUUACCUUGCCACUGUAUUAUCACGGACUUCCUCAUGCUUUUUAAACUAUCUAUGCUGUUCGUUCGACUACCUCCCUGAAAAGACGAAA